AAAAAUGUUAAAGCAUGCCUUAAGGGUGAUGUAAGUCUUCAGACCUAAGUUAUUGCAUUGUGUUCCUUUAUAAACAUUGUCAAUAAGAGGACCAUUAUUUACAAGCAUUCCCGUUAGCUAUUUCUCCACAUCAUUGCCAAAACAUAAGAAAUUAGAAAUGCCUGCUCUGUAUAUGACUAAUAUUAAAUUAUAGAUCACCAACAAUGGAGACAGGAAACAUUUAGAAGUACUUGAAGAAAGUAGGUGACCCAAUUACAGCAGGUGAUGUGCUUUGUGAGGUUGAGACUGAUAAAGCAACAGUGGGAUUUGAAAUGCAAGAUGAAGGAUUCUUAGCCCAAAUCCUUGUUCCUGAAGGUAAAUAAAAUUGUAUAAAUAUAUUAGGCUCAAAGGGAGUCAAAGUUGGAUAAUUAGUUGCAGUAAUUGUUCCAAAGUAAUCAGAUGUGGCAUUAUUUGCUAAUUACAAAGAUUCUUCAUCUGAGUAAGGUGCUGCAGCAUCAAAACCAGCAGCUCAACCCUAAUAAUCUUCAACACCUUAGAGAGCACAACCAGCAGCAACAGCAACAGGAGGAGCAUUCCCCAAACACUCAAAAUUAGGUCUUCCUGCUUUAUCACCAACUAUGGAGAAAGGAAAUUUAAUGAAAUGGCUGGUUAAAGAGGGAGACAAGAUAAGUCCUGGAGAUGUGAUUUGUGAGAUUGAAACAGACAAAGCUUCUGUUGGAUUUGAAGUCCAAGAAGAUGGUUACAUCGCAAAAUUAAUGGUACCUGCAGGAACUAAAGAUAUUAAAUUAGGAACUGUAAUUAAUAAAUUUUAUUUAAGAUAUUGGCUAUUUCAACUCCAAAGAAGGAUAACGUAUCUAGUUUUGCUAAUUACACUCUUGAGGGUGCUGCCGCAGCUGCUUAAACAACAUAAGCAUAACCAGCAUAAUAAUAGUAAUAAUAAUAGACAACAACUAAUGAAACACCAGUAUAAACAGUGUCUUAAUCAGGACAAAGGAUAUUUGCUUCACCUCUAGCAAAGGAAUUCGCUAAGAAGAAUAGUGUCCCAUUGGAAUAUGUAAAAGGAACUGGUAUAGAUGGUAGCAUCGUCAAAAAGGAUGUCGAGAGAUUUCUUUCAUCAGGAUCAAAACCAGAGGUUUAGUAAUAAGAAUAAGUUAUUACCCCUCCUAAAUAACAACAAACUUAGGCCCCAUCUUAAGAAUAGCCAGCUUAAUAAACACCCCCUCCUGCUCAAGCAAAAUAAUAAGCUAAACCAGCAACUGCUUCAAAACCCGUUGCAAUCGAAGGCAAUCCAUAUGUUGACACAGAACUUACUAAUAUGAGAUAGACAAUUGCUGCCAGAUUAUUAGAAUCAAAGACCACUAUCCCUCAUUAUUAUUUAACUAUGACAGUUACAAUGGAUAAAGUAUUGAAGUAAUAAUUUAUUUAAUUAUUAAAAGAGUACGAGAAGAAUUGAAUAAACUAUAGAAGGUUAAAAUUUCUGUUAAUGAUUUCAUUAUCAAGGCAAGCGCAUUGGCAUUAAAGGAUGUUCCAUAAGCCAAUUCUUAAUGGCAUGGCACCUACAUUAGGAAGUUUGCUAAUGCUGAUAUAUCAAUUGCAGUUGCCACUGAUGCAGGUCUAAUUACUCCUAUCGUCUUUAAUGCAGGCAGCAAGGGUCUUGGAACUAUCGCCUCCACCGUGAAAGAAUUAGCUGAUAAGGCUAAGGCAAACAAACUCAAGCCUUAAGAAUUUAUCGGCGGCACAUUUACCAUUUCCAAUCUAGGAAUGUUCGGUAUUGAUUAAUUUAUUGCUGUCAUUAAUCCACCACAAUCAGCCAUCUUAGCAGUAGGAAAAACAAGCAAAAGAUUUGUUCCAGAUGAACAUGGAUAACCUAAGUAAUUUAUUAUUUAAAUCAAAAAGGGUUGAAAACUAAAUGGAUGUUACAUUGUCAUGUGAUCAUAGAGUUGUUGAUGGAGCUGUCGGUGCAUAAUGGUUAUAAAGAUUUAAGUUUUAUAUUGAAGAUCCUAAUACAUUAUUGCUUUGAGCUUUAUUAAAGUUUAUAAAUAAA